AGGGAGAAGCCAUACUCCUGCUCUGACUGUGGAAAAUGCUUAACAACAUCAACUCAUCUAAAAGUUCAUCAGAGAACACACACAGGAGAGAAGCCUUAUUACUGCUCUGACUGUGGAAAAUGUUUUAAAACAUCAAAUGAGCUAAAGGUUCACCAGAGAACACACACAGGAGAGAAACCUUUCUUCUGCUCUGAUUGUGGGGCGAGUUUCUCUCAUCUGGGCACCUUAAAAACACACCAACUUAUACACACCGGAGAGAAGCCUUACGUCUGCUCUGACUGUGGAAAACGUUUUAAAACAUCAACUCAGCUAAAAGUUCACCAGAAGACUCAUACAGGAGAGAAGCCUUACGUCUGCUCUGAUUGUGGAAAAUGCUUCAAAACAUCAACUGAGCUAAAAGUUCAUCAGAGAACACACACAGGAGAGAAGCCGUAUUACUGCUCUGACUGUGGAACUAGUUUCUCUAAAUCUUCCCACUUAAAAACACAUGAACUUAUACAUACAGGAGAGAAGCCUUUCUUCUGCUCUGACUGUGGUGUGAGUUUCUCUCGUCUGGGCACCUUAAAAACACACCAACGUAUACACACAGGAGAAAAGCCUUACGUCUGCUCUGACUGUGGAAAACGUUUUAAAACAUCAACUCAGCUAAAAGUUCAUCAGAGAACACACACAGGAGAGAAGCUUUUCUUCUGCCCUGACUGUGGAACUAGUUUCUCUCAACUUUCCCACUUAAAGACACAUGAACAUAUACAUACAGGGGAGAAGCCGUACUCCUGCUCUGACUGUGGAAAAUGUUUUAAAACAUAAAAUGAGCUAAAGGUUCAACAGAGAACACAUAUAGGAGAAAAGCCUUACUCCUGUUCUGACUGUGGGGUGAGUUUCUCUCAACUGGAUCCCUUAAAAACACCAACAUAUACGUGCUCUGCUCUGUCUGUGUAAAAUGCUUCAAAACAGCAACGGAGCUAAUCGUUCAUCAGAGAACACACUCAUGAGAGAAGCCUGCUUACGUCUUCUCUGACUUUUGGGUGAGUUUCUCUCACCAUAGCAAUUUAACACACCAAUGAAGUCACACAGGAGAGAAGUCUUACUCCUGCUCUGUGGAAGGGUGGGCGUGUAACUCAGACUUCUAGCCAAAGGCUGCUGUGUUUAGAAUCUCAUCAAGGAGGACUGUAGCAUUUUAGCUCAUCAGCAACUUUGCAACUUCUUACUACUUUUUACCUAUGUCAGCAUGUUAACUUAGCAUGCAGCUACUAAGCAUGUUAGCUAACCUUUCCCUAAACCCAUUUAACUCUACCUUAAACCCCUCACCCCUAACCAAGCUAACGUUAGCAACAACAAAUUGGAAUUCGUAACAUAUCAUACAUAUUACAAGUUCAUAACAUAUUGUAUGAAUAACAAUGCGUAAAAUAACAUACGAAUUGUAAUUCUUAAGAUACGAUACAUCCUACAAGUCGUAUUAUACUAAGCAACAAUCUAAACGCAACAAUUUCAAAGAUUUACAGUUUGUAUAAGGAAAUCAGUCAAUUAAAAUAAAUGAGUCCUUAAUCUAUGGAUUUCACAUGACUGGGUAGGGGCUCAGGCAUGGGUGGAACUUGGGAGGACAUAGCCCCACUUGGGAGCCAGGCCCAGCCAAUCAGCAUGAGUUUUUCCACACAAAAGGUCUUGAUUACAGACAUAAAUACUACU